UAAAGCUUGAAUGAAGAUGCUCCCAGGUAUUCGCUCUCACCUUUCUCAUAAGCUAGCGCGCGGUGGAACGCGAAUCUUUCGCCGGCGGAAUCGCGAGGGAAGAUCAACGCUAUUUAUCCACUGGACACGACUCUUUCUCUCUGCUCAAAGGAUUUCACUGCCAGAUAAGGGACGAUGUGGCGCAGUACGACGUUACUCGUCGUAGCUGUUCUUGGAGCAACGAUGGGUCAAGAAUACAUAGGACAUGCCCUGUUCGUGAGAACGUCGGACGACGUCGUCGAAGCUGCACGCUCGAGAGUCCAGCGAGCCGCUCCAGCGUCGGCUGCAGACGUGAUGGCACAAAAUAUCCUAGAGUGGAUUCAAGGGAUCUACCGACAGGGCGCACGUAAAAUUCGCCAACAAUCGGACAACGCCUACCUGCCACCGUAUAGUACCCAGAGACCUCCGGAAAAGCCUCGACCUUUCCAGCCGGCAACCAACCAACAAGAAUCGGCUUAUUCUCCGAGUCAGAAUGAAGUGACCAAUUAUCCUUAUCAGAGACCGUCCUCCUUGUACACGCCAGCUAAUGUACCUCAUUCGUUACCUCCCAACGUUGACACUUCUUCUCAUGGUUUAUCAACGGCCAGCACUCUCUACGGUUCACCUACCAGUUUACGUCCAUCCUCUACUUACAUCCCUCAAAAUAAUUAUGGGAGUUCUCCGACGUUUAAUCCGCGACCACCAUCUUCCUAUGUUCCGGCAUCUUCUACCUUCCCUCCUUUCGGAGGUACAACCGGCCCUUCCAAUUAUCCAUCCGCGGAAACGAGACCUGGAACUUUCCCUUCCUCGACGUCCCCAACGUCCCAAUCGUCUACCUAUUUGCCCCCGCAAUAUAGUGGCUUCCCGUCGAGCAAUCCAAGCACUCCAAGGCCACCGUCGACAGCAUUACCACCAAAAGUCUCGCAACCAGUUGGUGGUUAUCCUUCUCAACCAGGUGGUUUCUCGACGACGUAUUUACCGCCAAAAACCAGCGCCUUUCCUACCAGUACACCAACCUUCGGCUCCGCAUCUCCAUCAGCUGGUUAUCCCUCUCCUGCUGGUUUUACGACCCCUUAUGGAUAUACCUCUCAAAGACCAGGAUUUUCAUCGACCGGCACUGUAUCGGGUAGUACAUACGAUUCGCAGGGUGGUUACGUUUCGCAGCCAUCUCCUACACCAGGAUUCCCUACACCUAUCCCAACGGGCACCAUAGACGGUUCCGCUGGUUAUACUUAUUCGACUCCUGGCGCUACGCCUUCCCCGCCAUUCCCUACGCCCAUUGGAACGCCGGAUAUUAAUACUGGUGGAGGAACAACGGGUCCUGGUGGAACUGGUACAACUGGGACUGCUGGGACUACUGGGACCGGCGUAACGCAGGUCGACGAGACCGACGAUGAUCUCAAACAUCCACCCCAUAUUCAUAAUAUCUCGGUCGAAUGUGGGAAGACGAUGAUGACGAUCAACAUCGAAUUCAAUCGAGCAUUCGACGGUGUGAUUUAUUCGAAGGGCUUCUUCAUGAAUCCAGAUUGUCGAUACGUUGAAGAAAAUUCUGGAAAAACUGAAUAUUCCUUCACGGUUAGCUUGGAUUCUUGUGGUACACAAUUCAUCAAUGACUUCGAGGGUGAGGCCGGUCAAGCCUAUCUCGAAAAUGUCUUGGUCUUGCAGAACGAGCCAGGGAUACAAGAGGUUUGGGAUACAGUGCGACGAGUACGUUGUCUUUGGGAGGGUAACAUCAAUAAGGCGCUUUCGGUAAAUUUAUCCGUAGAUAUGCUCAAUCAGGAGAUCGUGACGUUCAGCGGUGAUACGGCGGUGGCUAAAUUAGACAUACAAAUUGGAAAAGGUCCGUUCGCUCCGAUAGCCGAUGGAUUGGUUAAAAUUGGAGAGACCAUGACAUUGGUCGUAACCGUGGAAGGAGAUCCUGCUUUCGAUCUUCAGGUACGCGAUUGCGUUGCACGAGACGAGAGCUCUACUAACACCCUGCAGCUUACAGACGAACGUGGUUGCAUACUUAAACCAAAAUUAUUUGGAGCAUUUCAAAAAACAAACGAUACGGGGAAUACAGGUGCCUCGAUUAUAGCCUAUGCAUUUUUCCAAGCUUUUAAAUUCCCCGAUGUGAUGGAUUUAUUCAUCGAAUGUAACGUGGAACUUUGUAAAACGGAUUGUCAAGCUUGUCCAGAACCAAAUCAACAAAUCGAACCAGGUAGAAGACGUCGCUCGGUAUCUUAUGCACCUUCGAACACGUCAAUGGCACCACUAUUGACAGAUCCAGUUAGAGUUGGACGUGGUUUCAAAGUCAUCAUGCUGGAUGACCUUAGUGCAGUCAGUAAUCAAGUGUUGGAGAAUAUCGAAGAGUCGUCCUUUGUAAAUGAAGUUUCGAAAGAGGAGAACAUUUGCAUGAGUAAUAACGGUUUUUAUGCUGCACUUUCACUCAUGUUGGGUACACUUAUUUUAAUGACCGUUAGCGCAGCAGCGUUGCAUAUAAAAUUGCAAAGAAUUUAUAGGUCUAAAUCCAUCGAUACGUAGUAAAAUGUUUAAUUUCUUUUUUCCUCCUAUAAGACGAAUCGCGUGAUUAGCACGAGCAACAAAAACAAAGUGAAUUAAUCAAUCGACAUAGCGAUCGAAAGACUAUCAUUAUAAACUAAGAUUAAUUUUCUCACAUGGUAUUUAAUUUAUAAUCCAAAGUAUUAGGAAUGCAAAGAAUUUCAUAGUAUAUAAUAUGUUCAAAGUGCUCGCAUCCUGUUAUUCGCGAUGAGAGCGCGUUAGAACAGCCAUACGUUACAUAUCACUGAUGACUCUACGGCAUUUUACAUGGCCGUUUUUGAAUAUAUAAUAUAUACGAUAUGAUACAAUAAAUUAUGAUACUCUUAGGUACACACCAAUUUUGUCAUUCCUUUAUGAUAAUAAAAACGGCGUGUGUAACAUAAAUUAUACAGGAAUAUUUACAAUGUUUAUUAUAUGUAAUAUACAACGUCAAAAAACAAAAAAAAAAAGAUAAAGAAAGAGAGAAAGAGAGAGAGAGAGAGAGAGAGAGAGAGAGA